CGGCGCAGAGGCGGGUUGGCCUCUCCUCAGACCUCUGUGAAGGCGGUUGCUUGGGGUGAGAAGCCCAGCCACUGCUCCCCGCCCUCAGAGAGCUGAGCUACCUCACAGGCGCCACCAUGACAGGCGGCUUCUGCGUCCCGGUACUCCUGGCCGCCUGGCUCGCAGCGGCAGCGGCCGAGGGUCUCGAGCAGGCCGCGCUGCCGGCCGAGGAGAGCCGUGUGCAGCCCAUGACCGCCUCCAACUGGACGCUGGUGAUGGAGGGCGAGUGGAUGCUGAAAUUUUAUGCUCCAUGGUGUCCAUCCUGCCAGCAGACUGAUUCUGAAUGGGAGACUUUUGCAAAGAAUGGAGAAACACUUCAGAUCAGUGUGGGAAAGGUGGAUGUCAUUCAAGAGCCAGGUUUGAGUGGCCGCUUCUUUGUCACCACUCUCCCAGCAUUUUUUCAUGCAAAAGAUGGGAUAUUCCGCCGUUACCGUGGUCCAGGAAUCUAUGAAGAUUUACAGAAUUACAUAUUAGAGAAGAAAUGGCAAUCAGUUGAGCCUCUCACUGGCUGGAAGUCCCCAGCCUCUCUAACGAUGUCUGGAAUGGCUGGUCUUUUUAGCAUCUCUGGCAAGAUUUGGCACCUUCACAACUAUUUCACAGUGACCCUUGGAAUUCCUGCAUGGUGUUCUUACGUUUUUUUCGUCAUUGCCACAUUGGUGUUUGGCCUGUUCAUGGGUCUGAUCCUGGUGGUGAUUUCAGAAUGUUUCUGUGUGCCUCUUCCAAGAGCUUCCUCUGAACGCUGUGAGCAGGAGCAGAGUACUGGAGAGGCUCAAGGAGCUGAGCAGCUACAGGAUGCAGAGGAAGAAAAGGAUGACUCAAAUGAAGAAGAAAACAAAGACAGUCUUGUGGAUGAUGAGGAAGAGAAAGAGGACAUUGGAGAUGAGGAUGAAGGAGAAGAAGAUGAGGAAGAGGACAACUUGGCAGGCAUCAUGGCUGAGGAGAGAAGUGACACCAACGAGCGAGCAGUUGUGAAGGAGGGUAGUGUGUCCCCAAAGGAGGACGGAGCUCACCCAGCUGACACUCAGGACGUGGUGGAAGACGCCCUGAGGCAGCGCAAGAGUCAGAAUGCCAACAAGGGAUCUUAGGUUACAUUAUGACAUUUCUAAAAAUACAGGCCAAAAAAGAAGUCUGUUUCCCUCUGGUCUGCAGUUUAAGCCAAAUCCUUAGUUGUUUGUUUUGUUUUUCUGAAUGAGCAGUGUUCACUUUUAGAAGAUGAUCUCUGGCCCCGUGGUUACAUGGUAGUAAGCCUCAGUGUCGUAAGAGAGGUGUAGCACUUAGCCAUCAUAGUGUUAGUACCUUUGUGGGGUCUUGAAGAGAACAAGUUGAUGUGCUUGGGAGCCAAAGAGUAAAUCAGAGGACUUCUCUGCAGUUCUCAUUAGCACCUUUAGAAGUGAGGCUGCUGCUUGAUAAAGUGACAGCAAAACCAGAGCAUCCUUAAAGUGCAGGAAGUCUUUGCCGUCGUUGUUAAGCAUGUGUUUUAGUCAGGUCAGAAACAUCAGGUACCACAGCUCCCCAGCACUCUCUUGAGGCUAGAAAUUGUGGAGACCGGGGUAUAGAUAGAACUUCAGCAUGGAGCUAGGGAGUCAUCUGAGCUCUUUUGGUCUCUCGUCUUUUGUUUCUUACCUUUCAUCUCUAUGACUUUUCCACCUUGCACUUGCAGACUCCCAUGGUUCACAGCUGCUCUGUAGUGAGAAGAGCCGGCAGCAGUGAUCUGCAUGGAUUACCCUUACUGGAUGUAAAACUUGAGGGAACCACAGUUGAGGAGGCUAAGACUGCCAAGUGUCUCAAAGACAUAUGCUGUACUCUCUGAAAAUUCAAAAGGCAGUGGCAGUUUCAUAGGACAGGUACAAGCAACAUCUUUUUUGGGUCCUAUAGUUACAGGAUAACUUCUUCAAGAGUUUCUCCAGCCACAUCCUUUGUUUUUCUGAACCCAGAGUGCUCUAAGCCUUGUCACUGUAAGGUAUUUUUAUAAAGCUGACUUCAGGUCUGUGGUGGUUAGUUUCCAUCUCAAGAAACCUCUCUGGAACCACUUUAAUAACAACUGAAAAGGCAUGUCGGCUUUGCUUUUAGUGAUGUGCUUUUGGUGAAAAAACAAAUUGAUGAAAGUCAAUUUCAGUAGGUAAAAGAUUUUAUUUGUUUCUAUCUCCCUUGAUCCUCUGGAGAAUUGUGUGAUUAUAAAUCUCUCCCUGCUCAAUCCAAUAUCAGUAUCAAGGAACCCAGAUUCCUUAUUAAAUAAAAAAAAAUCUCUAUCUCCUCUCUUACCCUCUCAAGUCUGAGAAUAAAUCCAUAAAAUUAGAUUCUAGCUAUAUGAAGGAUGACUAAAUUCAAUCUUAUUCCCCCUUGGGUUGAGUCAGAAUAAUGAGUACAGGUUUGUGAAACUCAAAAUGUUUCAUCAUUUUAAAAAGGGGUAUGUAGUGUAUUUCUCUGGCUGCUUAGAUAACGUUUUCUUUGCAUUAGCUGCCAACAGGAGGGUCAUUGUUAGUGGAGGUUCAGAAUCUGCCUUCCUGUACUGCACAAGGCUGCUACAAACCUUGCACAAAGAAAGAUUUUAUUGUGACAAUCCAUUCUUUAUGAAUGUUUUUGUUUCAUCUUUCUAACUUAGUUAACUGUCAGUUCAAGGCUGAGGCCAUCACAGAACUGGAGACCUUACUGCCCUUCCAUGUUUCUGCCCUUCUGAUACAUCCUUACUCAAAAGUGUCAUGGUUCUGUGGUACUUUUCAUCUUCCUAAUAGAGCUGAGCUGCACCUUCUCUUCUGCCAGUAUAUUUCCUUCCUUCCUUCCCUUGUAAUCCUUCCUUGAUGCAUGGAGUGUUUAAGCAAUAGUAAAUCCAAGUUCAGAGUGGUGGGAAAGGGACGACUUGCAUCUCUGUUCUGUGAAGUACCCUCCUCCAAAUCGACAUACUGGGUUUUAAUGGGAUAUUUGACAAGAGGGAAAGCUUGAAGGAUUACAGUCUGCCUUGGCUUUGAUAAAUGUUUUAAAACCAGGUUCCAUUUGGACCACAAAUACUACCUAAUAAUAUAAUAAGAUAAUAUAUUUCCUUUCUUUUUUUUUUUUUUUUCCUGAGAUAGGGUUUCUCUGUGUAGCCCUGGCUGUCCUGGAACUCACUCUGUAGACCAGGUUGGCCUCGAACUCAGAAAUCUGCCUGCCUCUGCCACCCAGGGGCUGGGAUUAAAGCCGUGCACCACCACCACCACCCGCAUUAUAUUUCCUUUCUUAAUACUUAAAAGAUAUUGGAAGCUGGAAGAAAAAGUCAUGGAGAAGGGGGUCUAGUCCACUAAAAUUAUAUUUAUUUGUAGGAAUCAUUUUUUUUCCUGGCUUUUCUGUUUUUAACAUCCUGGCAAAAAUUGGGUUUCUAGUAAAUAGUCCAGGACCUUAAUUUCUUUCCAUAUGAAGCCUUAAGGUUUAUUUUCAAUACUUUGUUCAUAUAAAAUUAAAGGAAUAAACAACUUAAGAUUAGAUAAACAUUUAAUACAUUUUUGUGUACAUAAUAAAUUUAAUCCAGAAGUGAAGUGCAUGAAAAUGUGAUUUUCUAAAACAAAAACCAUGCUUCCCUUCCAUUGCCAUACCUGCUAUUUAAUUGUAGAUUGCUAUUUUCUGGAUGUUAAAAUCUGGUGAAUGAGAUAGCAAUUGUGGAAUGAGGGUGUAUAGUGCUUUAUGCACAGAUGGAUAGAGAAAGGUGCCUUGUUCUUCAUUGGAAUAUCUGAAAAUUCCAUUACCUCUUUUUAUUUUUUUCUUAACCCUUCACCUCCUUAACCAUGCUGAACCACACUGACUUGCUUAGAAUCCCAUGGGAGCGAUGCACAGGCAGUUCACUUUUCUGUUGUUGUUAUUGUUUGGUUUUGAAGGCUAAUCAUGGAACAUGGAAGAGAUGUCUCAUUCACUACAUAGGCCAUUGUGCUGUGUGGCAGUCACUGCAGUCUCAUCCUGUACAUAGGAUCUGUACCUGUUAUUUAUAAUAACUAGUGCAAUGGAAGGCAAACAAGCUUGACACAGAUCAGCUUUGGACAGCUGAAAAGCUACACUUUGACCUUUUAGGGCCAACUCCUGGCUGAUAAUUAAGAUAUUGCCAUGUGGUUUGAGUAUAUGUAAGCUUGAAUAAGUGCACUGUGUAACAUCUUUUGGGGAGGAGAUUAAAAUGCUAGUUAAGGGAAUAUCUGCCAUGUGGCUUUUGCGAGUUUGGAAACAAUGGAGGUCAAAGGGAAGUUUUAAAGAAUUGUAAAGGGUGAAAGAUAUUUCAGCAUUAAAAUCCUAAGCAUGAAGUGAGGGAAAGAGAGAGAGAAUGGAGCUUUUGCUGGUGUGUACAGGUUUUCUGUGUUCUUCCUCUUAGUGUCCUGCUGUUAUUCCUGCCAGUAUUGUACAUUUGUGAUUGACUAGCCUGUCAAAUCAUUCAACUGUUUGGAAAGUAUUUGUGUAAAUCUUUGUGCCAACAAGAACGCUCUCAGUGUUGUGUCUCUUUACCUCAUUGACUUGAUCCUUGUGAGAUUGUAGCUUCUGACAGAAGCCAAGGUGGAGUCUCAUGAAACCUGCUAGGUCAGUUCUUUGAGCAGCUACCCAAAGCAGGAGACUCAACUGAGAAACCUUGGACAGCUUCAGCCUAGCAUGUUGACCUCAGAGGCUUAUUCUCUAAAGUUUCGUGUAGACUGUGAUGUUCACCUGUGGCUUUGACUCAUUUCUAAUGUGGUUUAAUUUUAUUUGUCUUUGGAAAGCUUUGUAGAAAUGCAAUUUUUAUACUAAUGACACUGUUCAUUUGUGAGUCAGUAUAUUAUAAAAUGGUGUGUUUUUUUGUAAUAGUUUUGAUUGUUUAGCCCAGUGUAUUUAUUUUCCAUUACCUAUGUAUUCUGUGCUCUCAAAUAGAUGUGUAGCAAUUGAAAUGAGAAAUCAGUUCAUCAUUUCAAGUACUACAUUGCCUGCAUUACAAAUUCUCUGAUCACAGAAUUGUACAUAACCCUGAGCCUAUGUACUGCCAUUUGAUUGUCAGGUUCCAUUUGUGUCAAAACCUAAAGAUAGUGAUGACCAAGUGAAACAGAGUGGUGUAUUGCUUUUUCAUAUGAAUAUUUUCACAUAAAAGCAUUUGUGAAAGCAGUUGAAAAUAUUACUUUGUUAAAAAAA